AUGACAACUACGAUGAUGGGCCAUGGCGGUAGUAUUGAUAUUUCAGGCCAGUCACUAUCACUGGUGUUAUUGCUUCUGCUGCUGCCGCUUAGGGGCGGUGGCGGUGGCGGCGUGCUUGGCUUAGAAGAAGAGAGUGGUCAUAUAAUGGACGAUCUUCCGGAUGAGCAUCGGGAAAAGUUGGAGCUGUUGACAACUGUUCUGGCAAUGGACAAGCAAUGGUCAGCCGUCCGGAGCGAAAAACUCAAAUCGGAAUUCGCUGUAGAGGCCGAACUGGUCAAAGAGUUCUGCCCUACACUUCCCGAUUUCGGAGAUGAAACGAUUGACGCGAUAUAUAUCAGCAGGAAAAUCAUGAUACACUGUCCUUAUUCGGGCAUGUACGUGGAGUUUGCCGUGAAGGCACUGGCCUUAUCGGCUCAGUGUAUGUUUAACAGGCAUGCUAGACUCCAGCUGGCCGUCAUGAUUUCUUUACCCUUCGAAGCUAUUGGACAGUUCGCCUUUCACCUCAAACGACUGGUGGGCGAUUACCAACUGUUCGCUAACGUGCUGGCUAGCAUCGGCGUGGAACUUCAUCCCCUGAUUGCAUUGGCCAGGUAUUUCUCCGACGUCGGGAGGCAGUGGGUCACUCACACCAAGAGUGACAAGAACGAGAAAAAGUACAAGAUUCGCAUCAAGAGAGAGGCCGAUGUACUGGAAGAGCUCCUGGAGGAGUACGAUUGUUAUUGCGCCGUGUCCCCAACCAUUUGGUAUGAUCAGGACCAGAAAGAUACGGUGUCACUUGACAUGAAUACUAUAGAAGCUAAGUUCAGUGAUCCUGAACCGGAUGAUCCAUCGAUAUCCACUCUGCCGGAGAACGAAAUUCCAAUGGAACCGACAGUGAGAAAAGCCCACAAGUUGCGAUGGGUAUUGCUUAAGGUAUUCAAAGGACUGCUUCUCGGAAAAUUGCCACCGGAAGUUUGGAAACUGAUAUUUGAAAACAACAUCCUCGUGAGACAGAUCGAGGCAACAAAGCCAAAGGAAGGUAUGCUUACUAAAGCGGGUCGAACUAUGAAAAAGAUUUUUAGGAAAUGA